AUGUCCGUCGACGAGGACACUAAACAGGUGGAAGAAAUCACGUCAUGGUUCGACACAUUUGGUUUCGAGACAUAUGGGGUGCUGGUACCUGGAGACGUGCCUGAGCCCAAGCCAGAAGCUGAGCCAGCCCAUGUGCAUGCACAAGCGACACCAUCGCUACGGUCAUCAUCCCAUAGCACUUUCUCGUCAACGCCUUCCACCAUCGACACAGAAGUUGACCUUCCGAUCCCGGUGGGUGCUGAGUUUCCCUCCGGGUUCUGGAACGCCCCGGCGCCCGGUCAGGAUCUGGACAAAGCUAAGUUUUUCAACAGUACAGGGCUAAAACGAUGGGUUGGCGAGGGACGCCCCAAACGCCCGACUUCACACAGCGAGGACGAGGAAAGCCUACCACCGAGCCCGAUGAUGCCUCUCGUGGUCCAUAUGAGCGUUGGCGAAGCCGAUAUUCCGGGUACGGUGCCGAUGGGUUAUAAUCUGCAUCACGACCUGGGUGAUUUUUUGAAGUGGGAGGCGGAGAAUGUGUAUGCUUCUGGGUUUAGCAAGUCGCCUUGA